GAAGCGCCUUUGACACAAUGGUGAAAGCCCCAUUGAGUAAACACCUUGCGAUGCAGCUAGACCAUGUAUCGAUGAACUUCGGGGUAGAAGCUGCCGAUGACAAGGACUGCAUCCUCAGUCAGGAAUUCUUCUGCACCCCUGAUUAUAUUACUCCAGAGAUGCCGGCUAUGCCUAGUAAUGUUGAUUGGCACAAGGAUAACAUUCAAUGCCCGAAGUCCCCGGAGAAAAUCCAGACAUUUAAGAGCAAGCGGCAAAGACUAGAUGUUCACUCAGAAGCAUCUCUUGAAUCAACUGAUUUUGGCUGUUAUGCAAUGGGGGAUGUUUUGAAAGAUCGUUUAGAGGCAAAUGAAAUAAAUACAGAAACAGGGGUUCAAUUUCAAAGGAGUUGCAGUUAUAUUUCACAGUCUGCUGUGGCAUUACGAUGUAGAGUCAUGCCUCCUCCUUGUCUUAAGAAUCCCUACCUUAGGGGUGCUAUUGACUUUGAUGUUGAUCCUUUGAGUAAUCAAAGAUCCAAAUGUGCAGGUUUCAACGCAGGAAUUGGUGGCGAUGGACUUUCCCGCUAUAGGACCGAUUUCCAUGAAAUAGAGAAAAUUGGUACAGGAAACUUCAAUCAUGUCUUCAAAGUCCUGAAACGAAUUGAUGGUUGCAUGUACGCUGUGAAACAUAGCAUCAACAAAUUGCAUCAGGAUACAGAAAGGCGCAAGGCUUUGAUGGAAGUUCAAGCUUUGGGAGCUUUGGGGUAUCAUGAAAAUAUAGUUGGCUACUAUUCUUCUUGGUUUGAGAAUGAGCAUCUGUACAUCCAACAGGAGCUAUGUGAACAAAGCCUAUCAGCUAGCAAACUCUCUAAAUUAUAUACAGAGGCGCAUGCCUUGGAUGCAAUGUACCAGAUUGCUAAAGCACUGCAAUUUAUACAUGGGAAAGGGAUUGCCCACUUGGAUAUAAAGCCAGAUAAUAUAUAUGUAAAAGAUGGGAUUUACAAACUUGGUGAUUUUGGCUGUGCAACCCUAAUUGAUAAAAGCUUGCCAGUUGAAGAAGGCGAUGCACGUUACAUGCCCCAUGAAAUCCUGAAUGAGAACUACGACAAUCUGGACAAAGUUGAUAUAUUCUCCUUGGGAGCUUCUAUCUAUGAGCUCGCCAGAGGGUCACCCUUACCUGAUUCAGGGUCCCAUUUUCUCAAUCUCAGGGAAGGAAAAUUGCCUCUUCUUCCAGGCCAUUCGCUGCAAUUCCAGAAUUUGAUCAAGGUGAUGAUGGAUGCUAAUCCUGUUCGGAGACCAUCUGCGAAAGAAGUAGUGGAAAAUCCAAUUUUUUACAGGCACCAGUCCAAGAUUUGGAAAAAAGGAAUAGAAAGCCAAAAGGAAUAACAGGAUAAGAUUUAUUUAUUUAUUUAUUUUGACAUGACUGAUGGUGGUUGGGGUUCUGUAGUAUAGGAGUGGUGGUGUUGUAUCUGCUGCUGCCACCGGUAGUAGGGAGGGGAUGACUGAUGCUGGUAUUCACAUGUGGUUGGCGAUGGGGGUACUGGAAGCAAAAGCCAGUAGUUUCUGCUUUGCUUUCUCUACUCCAUUUGGAUUUGGAUUUGGAUUUGUAUUUGGAUUUGAAUUGGAUGCAUCAAGAGGGAGGGGUGCUUGCUAGGCAGAAUGAAACCAGCCAAACAAACAUGGUUCCUUCUCAGUUUUGAACCGGUUUUGAAUGACGGGUGAACAAAAGAGGCAUUUUGGGGAGGACAACUGUGAUUAGUGGUUACUCUACUCCAUCUCUGGCAUCACCGCCGCCACCACCACACCACUAAUUAUGUUCAUAAUUAGGCACCCCCGUCGACAAGUGACUUUGCUAGAGUUACUUUAACGUAGAACUGUUAACGAGCCAAAUUAAGUUGACCCAAAUUUUAAGUGUUCGUAAACAAGGUUUAUGUUUGUUCGUUAAGCUUUCGAACUUGUUUGUAGUGUUCGAAUUCGA